UUCUGGGUCUGAAUAAAGACAAAAUCUCGAUGAGUAAAGCAGAGAACAUUUUGAGGCUGGUGUUAGAGGAAUUCAUUGGACGCUGUCUUUGCAACUAUAAACUUGAUGAUGCAGAAGCUACACCCUUCACUGAUUUCUUUGCUCCUGAACUUAAAGAUCCGGAGAAGAAGAAGGCAUUGCUGGACCAGUAUUACCAGGGUGUUGUUGGAGAGUUUGAAUUGUCCCAAGGUGAUCUUCUCGAAACAUUCUAUAGUCUUGAUGACUUGAGAGCUAGCAUCAAUAAGUUUGUUGCUCAGAAAAUGUCUUCAUUAUCUGAUCAAAUUCUGAAGGAAAUAAAGAUUCGGUUGGCCAUGGAAAAGAUUAAAAACCUAAGGAAUUUUGGGAGCUGUGGCGACAUUAUGUGGCCAUCCUUUAAAUGUUGGGCAGAUGAGAUGGGGAUGACAGAGGAAGCCAAAACUCUAGCCUUCAGCGAAAAGCAGAUUCAGGUGUAUGUGUACCAUGCUUUGAUGCACAGAAACUCCCGUGAACGACUCUCGGAAGAUCCCCCAACACAAGAAGCAGCCCUUGAGCUAAUCAGGAAGAAGAUUGCUCAGGAAAAUUCCCGCAAUCUCAGGUCUACUUUGACAAAGGAGACCGAGGAGUACACAGUGCAGAAGUGGCGAAAGAUAUACAUGGAAGCCCACAGCCCUUUGGUGAUGCCAAUGACACGGCAGGAAGUUGUGGAUUCUGCUCAAGCCAGGGGAGUUCAAGUUACAUUAGAAAACUUCAGUAACACAUACAGAUAUGAUGAGAGGCUGCUUCUAGUACGUAAUGCCUGUCAGAUCCCACGUUGCCCCCAUUUCCUGCAUCCCCACAGGAACUUCAACCAGCACCUGUCCAUUGAGCGAGAGAGACCCAACUUUCCUCACGCUCUGCACAUAGUAUCCUAUGAAUUUAAAGGCGGGGAUGUGGAGACUGUCGUAGAAAGGUUGGCCUCUGGAAAUUAUGCAGGAACAAAGAACCGACAUAAUCCACCUCCUCCAGAACCUGCAUCUCUCGCAAGCCUUAAAGAGGAAAUGACAGAAUUGCUUAGUAGAUAUGAAAAACUGUAGUCACAUUAUUAAUGUUAACUUAUUUCUGUUAUUUUUAAUAUCAAUGCUGUUAUGAUGAUGACAGAAUUUAUAAUUAUUGUGUUACAGCCAACUUCUGAACAAUCAGAAUUCCAAUGUGCAUCCUCUCUCCACAAUUGUUUCUAUAGUUUACAUGAAUCAUCAAACUCAUUAAGCAGCUGUGUAGAGAAAUAAAGCUUAGAAUACCAUAUUCACUCAGCUAAUCACGUCACAAAAUGCUUCUCCAGAUUGAAAGACUUCAGAGUAGGAGAAAUAGGUCACCAUUUGUUGUUAUGUUUCACAAAAUAUUUUUAAUGCUCAAAAGUUUUGAAACUAGAAGUGAGAAAUAAGUAAUAAGUAAUCCUUUCUUUUAUUUUUUUCCCUUUAUCAUAGAAGUUUGCUUAAACUUAUGGAACAAUCCUUUCUUGCUCUUAUAAAAAAGGAAGAAAAAAGAAUUGCAUAUUUAGUAACAAAAUCAUUCCAUUUUUUAAGUUACCCAUAUAUUUUUUAAUAUGAGGUACAUGGUUUAGCCAUUCCUUGAGAAUGUUAGCUAAUUGUUAAAUGAAAUUCAACAAGAAGGAAUACAUGGCCUCUAAUUUCUAACAUAUAAAAUAAAAAGAUAAAAAGUUG